AUGAGUCUGAUCGACGAACCUGCAAUUACCCAGCCACAUAUCAAGAACGUUGCCAUGGGCACCCUAGGAGUAUCCAACUCCGACGACGAGCAGCAUUUCAUAAAGAAAACAGGAAUUAUUGAGCGCUUGAAACCAAAGAAGAAAGCAAAUACCAGGUCUCCAAGCAGCAAGCGACAGGGUCUGGAAGCGACAGAAGAAAAUGUCAAUGACGGGGGCACAGUUGAUGUUAAGAAGAAUUCGGUUCCAAAUUAUAUUUCGAGGAAAUUGAAUAGAAAAAGAAAAUCUUCAAGCACUUCAAACACUUCGCACAAAGGACUCAGUUCAAAUAGUCACUUGGUUUCAGAAACCAGCAAUGGUGCUGAGCCUCCACAUCACAAUAAGCCUCCAAAUUCAUCACCAAUCUCAAGUUUUGAUGCCAGUCCCACCAUUACAAUUCGACAACAUUUUACAGAUCAAUCGAGUAUUACCCAAAGAAAUGGUCAUCAGAAACGUGAAUCAGGCCCGCAUUCCUUGCUCUCAUAUCUUCGGCCAUCUGCCGACCACUCACGUCAGUCGUCAUUUGGCUCAUUAGUAUUAGUGGAGAGUCCACGCUCAUCUUUGUAUAAUAUUACUCAGACAAGUUCCAAUAGAAAAAGCUCUUUGGACUCAUCAAAUAAUGCACUGAGAAGAAAUCUGGCUAGUCUAAAGUCUCCUGGCUACUCCAAAUUCUCUUUCCCCAAAUUCUCGAAGAGAAAUAGCGUACUGUCGAGUGUACAGGAUGAGUCCCUUCCGGUACUGGAAUAUUCUUUUGAACAGAGUCCCAUAGGCUAUUCAUCUAAACAAUUUAAUAAUUUGAAUCCCUUUUCUCCCGAAAUCGAGGAUUUCUCUUGGAGACAUAAUGGCAGUAAUGAGGGAACAGAUGGUGAAGCGAAGCAGGCAUACGCCAUUGAACCUCAGAAUUCUAACACCGAACCCCGAAUUGAUACAUCUAAUGAAGGUAUAAAGUCAGUGCUGAAAAAGUUUCUAGGACUUACCAUAUCUUCAGGCACAUAUCAUAGGAAUAAAAAAAAUUCAUUAACAAGUUCACACAGACCAAAAAAUAUUAGCGUUGAUAAAAGCUCUGCAGAUAGGGACUUCUCCGGUGGAACAAAGAGUUUUAUACAAUCACCAAGUAUUAUUUCUCCUUCAACUAGACUGAAGAAAAAAACUUUUUCAAUUUUUGAUGAUGAUGACGAUGAUGACGAUGAUGACGAUGCUCAUAUCAAAAACAAUGGAGGUAUGAAAGAAGUUCCAAAUCAUAGAGAUCAGUAUAACUUUUGCCAAGGAUCAUUGGAAUCCUCUUUUGUUUCUGAAAAAAAUGUCAAUAUCUUGGGUUUUGCUUCAGAGAAAUAUAUGAACGAAAAAUUUAAAAGAAACAGAUUUCGUUCUAAUUCUCUUAAUGAUCUGCUUCAGAACUCCGCCAGUAACUUUUAUAAGAAUUUACCAGUUAAUAACCGAAAUGCCACCGGAACAUUUAUUGACUUUGUACAGUCUUCAAGAACGCCAUCAAGGAGCGGAUCUAAAACUCCAUCAAGAAGGAACUCGGUGGUAGAUAUGGUAAGAUUUUCUAAUUCUCAGGCCUCGCUGUCCAAACCCGGAUCCCCUUUAAUGGGUAGCACAACCCCCUCAAAGUCUGACGAUCCCUUUAGUGCUAGAUUGAGUAGAAGAAGAAGUCAAACUUUGAGCUCAUUAAUGAAUCUGACAUACCUAUUGGGAAACAGAUCGUCUGAGAAGUUUGGCGAGGAAAACAAUACGGAACGAAGUACUUUUGGAUUGAAGUUGAGAAGAAAUUCAAGGAGCUUUCUUGGACUUAAUAGUGGAACUGAGGAUCUGGUAUCCUCAGGAACGGUCAAUCACGAGCUCAAUAAACCAACUUCUAGAAUUAAUAAUAAUAAUAAAAACCCCGCAGGUCUGGAUUUGAAGUUUUCUGGCCAUUCGUAUGAUGAAUCAACUUCAGAAGACGAUUAUAAAGGGGAGAAGGAAUCAUUUUUCAAAUAUUAUUCUGCCUCAUUGAGUAAUAAAGCUUCCAAUGCUGAUAAUGUGGCAAAUAUCCCAAAGCCGAUGCAAGAAGAUACGUACGUUUCCUAUCUCUUGAAGUUGAUGACAAAUGGCUUCUCUUACGAAAUCACUGAUAUAUUGAGUUCAAAAAUAGCAAUCAAUAAGUACCCAAUAGUGGAUCCAAACAAAUCAUAUGAAAAGUUCAUUAUUUUCCAGGAUAAAGAGUCAUGUAGAGAGCUCUUUUCAAGGACAUUUGGUUCCAGUUACAAAAACUCUUUCUACACAAACUGUUUAUAUUUGUUCAUAUAUUUGCAUUUCUUGAGCAUGUUCUAUGAUUCAAAUUGGAUUUUCCCGCAAGCUGAUAAUGAUCUAAGAAAUCCAGUUUACAAUAUUCUAUCCAAAUUUAACGCUAGGCAUAUCGGUGCUGGUGAUAAUACAGAUAAAACAAAAAAAAUAUCACUGCUUUCAGAACAGCAAGAUUUUUUGGAGUUUCACAUAGAUAAAGUGACUUCAAUUCCUAUUGAUCUUGUAUUUAGACACUUCUUAUUCUAUAACAAGUUGCCACCGGAAACGGAAAAGAUUGAUUUGACUUUAGAGAUCAUAAGCUAUAAUUAUUACUAUUUCAUGAACUUGACAAAUUUGAAAUUUAUUACAGGAAGCUAUCGAAUACAUGAUGAUGACUUGAAUAAUAAUACGGAUAAUGAAGAUUUUAAUGACACGGUUAUUAUCACUGAAGCCGAAAAAAAAGAUGAAGAUCGGGAAUUGUGCUCAGAGAAAUCUAUCGCUGAUAUUUCUACCUUGGAUACAUCGAAGUUCACUAUUUUUCACAGUGUCAAUGAGAUCUAUACCCUACUAUUCGUUUCUUUGGUUCUUCAAACGGACCAUUUUAAUAAAAACAAUCGCUCUAAGAUGCUGCAACAAGAUUUUACAAAUAUUAUCAAUAAUUUCAAAAAAGAAGACUUCAACAAAGCUAAGAAGAAGAAGUUUGGUGCUAAGCUCUCAGAAACUCCAGACUCUCAAUUACUUUUCAAUUUAUUGACCCCGGAGCUUAUUGGCUAUUUCUAUGAAAACAUCACUUUCACACCAAUGAAGUCGAUACUUGAAAUAAUAUCUCCUUCAGUUGCCAAUAACGUUUAUAACAGAUCAGGAUCUGUUGCUAGCACAUCAUCCUUGGGAUCGCCUUUAUCCCCGUCAUUCGCGUCCUUACCAAGCUCGACAACCUUAGGUAGAAGGAAAAACAGCCUGUUCUUUUUGUCUUCUUCUUCUUUGCCAAAUCCAAGCAAUGACCCUUAUUCAAUUGCAACUAGCCUCGAUAUCAAGGCUCUAAAUCUUGAUUUUGAGAUUUAUGAUAGUUCUAAUACCGAUCCAUUUGCAUCAAAUUUCAAAGAGUUCAAGGAAAUGUCUAAGUUCUCUGACAGAUGCUUGCUUGACAAGGUUUUGGAUACAUUAAAUACAAAGGAUCCAGAUUGUAUUCUAAGGUUGGAUCAUUCGGAGGAUCUUACUGAUUUGCUCUUCAAAAUUAGUUACGCCACAAUAAAACCAAGUUUGACUAAUAUCCUUAUAAAAAAAUCUGCAACUAUCAGAAAGAGUCUCUCUGCCAAAUGGCCUCACAAUCAAAAGACAGGCUCUGAUAUGUCUAUAUUUGUCAGAAUUUUUAAUAUUGGGAUAGUGUAUAAACAGGAAUCAAAACUAAGUUUGUUGCCAAAAAUAUCAAAGAAGAAGAAUAAAAGAAGAUCUAAAAAUUUCAACAAUGUUAACCUCAAUGACAGUGAUACGUUUGUAUGGAAGAAAUAUUUUGCCAUUUUGACAACUUUCGGUGUGUAUAUAUUCAAGAAUAUCAAUUGGGAUGUGCUACAAAAUUUUGAGGAAGAGGUGGAGGAGCAAGAAAAAUGGGUAAAUAAUGACAAGAUAGGCGAGUCUAACUCAAACGGAGAUGCCGAUUAUGAUAAUUUGAAAAAGAAGUUGAGGCACAUGAAGGUUUACGCAUCAGCGUUUUUCCUUCAGCUGAAUAAUAGCGAGUUGGAACUUGCGAUUCCAAUUAAUAAAGUGUUUUCCUAUCAUAAUAAGUAUAAAGAUUUUCAUAGUUUUUAUGUUUGCUACAGCAAUAAUGAUAACGAUUCCAAGGUUUUGAAGAGCGAUGAGGUGGAUAUCACUAAUGAUUGGAUGAAAAACCCAAAAAGCAAUAAGGUUUAUAAUAAGGGAUUAUUUUAUUGUGCAUCUGAAAAUGAGGCCAAUCAAUGGGUUUUCAAUAUCAACUAUUUGGCUGCAAUGCAUAAAUGUUUACCAAUUCACAGUUAUGAUAAGUCAUUCACCAACUUGGUCAUACCCAGCUAUGAAAAUAUUCAUGAAUUGACGAUCGGUAACCAUAUGACUCUAUCAGAACGCCACAAAGAAUUACAACAAGAAAUGAAAAUGAUAUAUAAGAUGAAAAUGAACUACGAGCAAAUCGCUGAAUUUAUUAAACACUUGGCGCCGUAUCAAAGCAAAAAUCGGAUACAGUUGAAGCAAUUAAUGAAUAAGAUUUUCCAUAAUAAUUUGAGAUCUCUAUGUUUUGAGGAAUUUAAGACUAAGUGUUUCAUAUUCUUGGUUGAAGAGACUGCAAAGAAACUUAGAAGAAAUCAAUUGGAAAAUGAAGAGAAUAAAUCGCUCGAGGUUGUAGUUAAGCAAAGAAGCUUGUCUAUUGUGCUGUUGAAGCCAGAGGAUAACGAGAAAUAUUUAGGGUUCAGUAAUAUUGUGAACGGCUAUUCCGUUGCCUUCAAUGAGUUAUUGUUGCUGAGUUAUGAGAGCUUCUUAAACAAUAAAACUCAUGCCCAGGUUGAGUUAUCUGGUCAGAUUGAAGAUCCAGCCGAUCCAAAUACUUUUAGAAUUGAUGCCUUUAGUGCAUUGACAUCAAUGACUAACAUGUCUUAUGACACAGAAAUGAGCUACAGUCCAAUUUUCCGCUCACCUCAAUUUAAGCAAUUGCUAUAG